UCCGUAGGAGAAAUUAACGUUUUAACAUGUAGUUGAAAUGUAGUUGUAGAUGUAGUUGAAAACUACCUGCGCCUAUGGCCACCGCAAUAACUGGAGAGUCUCAUAUCGUCAGUAAAUCAUGUCAGUUAUUGAGUGCCAUCACGCAGCUGGCUUGGCCAAGGGGGUGGACAAGGUGCAUUAUUAGAUGGCGUGACCUCCACCUCCACCCGACGAAUGACUGAUGCCCUUUAAUAUAUUUUUCCUAGAUGUCACUGGAAAUGUUUAUUUUUAGGCAAAACUUCAUCACAAAACUCCCUAGCUUAUGAGCCAAUAUAUUUAUUUUGCCUGGCAGGUAACCUGUAUAUAUAAGAAUAUAUUGUUUUGUAAAUGUAACUCGAUAAUGAAAAAUGCGCUGUGUUGUAUUUUGCACAUCUGUACCACUAGGGGGUAAUGCAGCACAACACACACACCUCAGCCUUGGCUCUCCAUUCGCAAAUCAAAAGUUUAGUUAAGUAUUUGUUUGUGUGUUGGUUUAUUUUGUGUUUAUAUUUUUGCUCGUUUUGUAUUAAUUAACAUUAGGUUAACAUUACCGUACCAUUUUGAGAACAAAGGUUAGGCCUAGGUUGUCCAUUAGCCUACCCUGAUUCAAAAAUAACUAUUCCAUGUUCAAAAAUAUUUUCCGCUGCAGUGGUUAUUACAUUUACUGUGGCAUUAUGCCUGAACUAAUAUUACUCAAUUCUGGCAAUGACAACUGUAAAUAUAUGAUUUGCAUCUUGGGGACCUCCAGGUACAAGUUAAGUUACAUGGGGGACACUGGAAUAUGUGCAGUUUUAUUGUGGGUUUACAUGUAUGCUGCUCGGAUCUUCAGUGGGGUUCCUACUUCAUAUUCACUGAAGCAGCCGUGGUGAUGUAGGUUCUCACCGCUCUCUUAUAGCUCUCCCUCAAGACGUCAGCUUGCAUGGGGAAGAGGAAUAGUCAGCAUGCAUCGCUCCGCCCUCAGACUGCUAGGCAGAAGAAGCCUUCGCUUUUCCCGUUACUUCUGACACCGUGAAUAUGUGUAGUGACACCACCGACAGGCUUUCGCCACAGCGGACAGAAAGUGAAGAGGAGAGAUUUGGGAGAUAAAAAGUUAUUUAGGCAGACGUCAAUUUGUAAACAAAAUGGCGAGUCGGUGGAGGAUGUAAUAGCUUGAUGGCAAGCUAGCUCUACCUACUGAAUGGUAUGAAGUCUACAAACUGUUCUAAUGUCAUUAUAACACUGCGAGGCGGGAAGCGGAGAAGACUCAGAAGGGUCGCUAUGUCUUCGGAUAGGAUACAUGAACCAUAUAAUGCCUAAUUUUCAAAGGAACUAUGUUUGUCCCGGAAUGUUAUGAGGACUACUGGCUACAGCGUUACCUUCCAGAAGAACAGUGCAGUAACUUCUUCCGUCGCGCUGGACACUGCAACUAAAGAGGGUUCUUGCCAAAAAGCAACUGGCGCUCCAGAAAAGUUGAAAUAUAUUUGUUAAAUAGCGGCAAGGCGUUCAUCCGUCUCUGCGUUCUGCGUUGAAUGGAUACCUUUCAGGGAUGAUGUUCAUACAUUUAGAAAUAACAAAUGCUGUUACCCUCAGGUAUCAUUUCUUAAUUUGGCAGUGCACUUUGUUGAUGUGAUAAUCAUGUAUGACACUCUUUCGACGGAUUACGGCUACAUAUCUUUACAUAUCUGAGGAACUUCGCAUCGUUCACCCUUUUCUCAAACUGUCGGCAAUCUAUUGUACUGUUUCUACCAUGGCUGUCAGGUCCAGGAGACCAUGGAUGAGCGUAAUUGUUGGGGUAGUUCUUGGAUUUACAGCUGCUUCGUGGCUGAUUGUCCCAAGGGUGAUGGAGAUUAGUGGCAAGAAGAGGCGGUCCUCCAUGUGUUCUUACUACAGCAAUUCUGUGAAUAUAGCCAAAGUUCCAGAAGUACACGGUAGCACCGCAACGAGCAAUGCGUGGCGCAAAGACCCGGAGAGCCCUUUAUCUAGUCAAGAAGGAAGCGAGGAAGAGGAGGAAAGUGUCUACCGGACAGGCAAUGGAAGCGGGGACGGCGGAGGACCUAUAGCCAGACCUAAGCAUUUCCUCUUCGUCGGUGUCAUGACAGCCAAAAAGUACCUUGAUUCACGAGCAGUUGCGGCGUAUAGGACGUGGACUCGUUCCAUCCCGGGGAAGGUGGAGUUUUUCUCCAGUGAAGGCUCGGAAACGGUCCCGCUGCCAAGUCCCCUCCCCGUGGUAUCGUUGGCCGGAGUGGACGACUCAUACCCUCCCCAAAAGAAAUCCUUUAUGAUGCUUAAAUACAUGCACGACCAUUACUUGGAUAAAUACGAAUGGUUCAUGAGGGCAGAUGACGAUGUCUACAUUCGAGGAGAAAAGCUGGAGUCCUUCCUGAGGUCGCUGAACAGCAGCAAGCCCCUGUACCUGGGCCAGACGGGCCUCGGCACCACGGAGGAGCUGGGAAAGCUGGCACUGGAGCCCGGGGAGAACUUCUGCAUGGGCGGCCCCGGCAUGAUCUUCAGCCGGGAGGUGCUGCGCAGGAUGGUGCCCCACAUCCGCACCUGCCUGCGGGAGAUGUACACCACCCACGAGGACGUGGAGGUGGGCCGCUGCGUGCGACGCUUCGGGGGCACCCAGUGCGUCUGGUCCUACGAGAUGCAGCAGCUGUUCUACGAGAACUAUGAGCACAACAAGAAGGGCUUCAUCCAGGAGCUGCACAACAGCAAGAUCCACAACGCCAUCACGUUGCAUCCCAACAAGCGGCCCGCCUACCAGUACCGGCUCCACAGCUACAUGCUCAGCCGGCAGAUCUCCCAGCUGCGCUACCGCACCAUCCAGCUGCACCGCGAGGGCAUCACCAUGAGCAAGCUGGGAAACACGGAAGUGCAGUGGGAGGACCAACAGCUGGGGGCGCCGCCUUCCUAUACCCGGUACCAGCCGGUGGAGCGCAACAACGUCAUCGAAUGGGACUUCCUGACCGGUCGGCACCUGUAUGCCACCGGGGAGAAGCAGAUGCCACGGCAGGGCUUGGGGAACCUCCUCCGCACCGCCCUGGAGGACACGGUCAUGCAGGUGAUGGAGAUGAUCAACGAGAACUCCAAGGCCCGCGGACGGGUCAUCGACUUCAAGGAGAUCCAGUACGGCUACCGGAGGGUGGACCCGCUGCACGGCGCCGAGUACAUCCUGGACCUGCUGCUGCUCUACAAGAAACACAAGGGCCGCAAGGUGACGGUGCCCGUGCGGCGGCACGCCUACCUGCAGCAAUCCUUCAGCCGGCCGUUCUUCACUGAGGCGGAGGAGCUGGACGUGACCGAGCUAGUGGACGCCAUCAACACCGAGUCGCAGUCCUUCUCCUUCCUCUCCAACUCGCUCAAGAUCUUCUCGCCCUUCCAGCUGCCCGACUCCACCAAAGAGAUGCGCGAGCGGAACCAGCACAAGGUCCACAUCCUGGUGCCCCUAACAGGGCGCUACGACACCUUUGUGCGCUUCAUGGACAACUUUGAGAGGACGUGCCUGCUGCCCAGCCAGAACGUCAAACUGACGGUCAUCCUCGUUGACAACGACAGCAACCAGGACCGGGAGAAGCACCUGGAUCUGAUCAAGGAAUACCACAACAAGUACCCCAAAGGAGACCUCUCAGUCAUCCCCAUGACGGGAGACUUUUCCCGAGGUCUGGCUCUGGAAUUGGGAUCCUCCUUGCUGAGCAACAACAGCCUGCUGUUCUUCUGCGACGUGGACCUGGUCUUCAACACUGACGCCCUUCAGCGCUGCAGAGACAAUGCCAUCCAGGGAAGCCAGGCCUACUUCCCUGUCGUCUUCAGCCAGUAUGACCCCAAGAUUGUCUACGCCGGAAGCCCGCCGGAGGACAGCAACUUUGUCUUCACCAAGAAGAGCGGCUUCUGGAGGGACUACGGCUUCGGUAUCACCUGCAUUUUCAAAAGUGACCUGCAGAUGGCCGGGGGCUUUGACACCUCCAUCCAGGGCUGGGGCCUGGAGGACGUGGACCUCUUCACCAAGGUGAUCAACUCAGGCCUCAAGGCCUUCCGCAGCCAGGAGCCAGGCAUCGUCCACGUGUACCACCCGGUCCACUGUGACACGAACCUGGAGCCCAAGCAAUACAAAAUGUGCCUCGGGUCAAAGGCGAGCACGUACGCCUCCACCAUGCAGCUAGCGGAGCUGUGGCUGGAGAAGCAUCUGGGCGUGGGCUACAACAGAACUUCCUCUUGAUAGUCAGGCUCUCCAUCACUGUCAUAAAGAGUUUACCUCAGUUCUGCAUGAAUGAGAGAGGAGAGAGAAGGACCAUUUGUAUGAGCGUGUGAGUGUGCGCGGGUUUGCGAGGACUGUGCAGCUCGUUGCCAGUGUGUACGUGUCUGCACACUGUCAUGCUGAGACUAGUGAAUUCAAAGGUACGUUCUGUAAUUUUCGGUGCAAUUUUGCUGUCCCCCUUAAUACCUUUGUCACCCCUUUCUUAUUCUUUAUUGUUCUUUGUUUGGACUGUGAGUCAGUUCCCUAUAGCGUCUUCCAAAGGACAUUGGUUUGCACAGGCCUGUCGACUUGCUUGUGCUUCAGAGCUUGUGAACAAGACUGUGAUGUAACUGGUUUGGGGAGGGAAGUGGGAUGGGGGGGGGGGGGGUCAUUCAUCAAUGUCACCGUCUGGAGAUUCUUUCACAUCCUCAGGAGUGCAUUUCCCAUCACAAGGCCUCAGCCAGUGAAUGUGCAAUCGAGCCUUGUUGGGCUGGCCGUCCCAUUGAAGUGCUCUUCAUCCUAAGACAUUAAACACCCACAGAGAUAAUGGCGGUAAUAAUGUUAAUAAUAAUGUUUGAGACGACAAGCAGCAAUGAUGCUAAAAUAAUAAUAUGAAUAAUAAUUAUGUACUGAAAAGUACCACAAAUGUGCUUUAAAAGUCCCCUUGGAGGACACAGACUCUGAAAAUAUACUUUUUCUAAUUUAUACAAAGAAACAGAUUGUGUUUUGUCAGCAGUAUUUUGUAAGGGUGUGAAUUACUUUGACGAUUGUAUCUUUGUUUCUUGAGGGGGGAGCUUUUUUGUCAUUGUUUUAUUUUGUUUAUUUGUUUGUUUUUGUUUUUCUGGCAAUAUCUGAUAAUAAUGUUAAGGUACUGGCUACCGCCCAACAUUUGCUGUGUUCUUGGUAUCAUUUUAAAGGUCCACGCUUCAUUUUUCUUUUGUGCUUGGGUGAACAAAGACAUGUUGUUUUUCAUUAUUUUAGCUUUGUGGCUUUCAAGUCGUUCAGUUUGCUGGCAAGAACAACUAAGAUAUAUUAAAAUGGUUUAUUUAUAAUGAAACCUU